GCAUUUUUCACUUAUCACAAUAUCACCUGAAAAAAAAUUCUCGACUACCGAUUUAAACUUUGAUGUUCAAUAUUUAAUUUACAUAAAAAACUUGUCGGAUAAUAAAGUUCAAAAUGAAAUUACCAGAAUCAAUACUUAAUCCUGAAAAAUAUGGACCCGGCAUCAAGGGCAUGUUAAGACAGGGCUUGCACGAAAUGCCAUUGAUUAUGUUAAGUUUACCUUUUUGCGUUUUUGGAACGGGCCUCAUCUUGUACCAAACGUACCAAUAUAAUAAGAGAGAUGGAAUGAAUAAGAAAUACAAGUUGGAGUAUACUCUUUACCGACCCGACGAUCCCAGAGUAAAAUUCAUCAAAGAUUAAACAUCUACCUUUUUUUACUGUAAAAAUCAGCGAUAUCUAACAAUAAUGUAGUAUAUUAAAGAGACAAAGUGAUUGUAAAGAUAAAUAUCUAAUAUUCAAUAAAAAAUUUUACAACAAAUAA